ACAAUUAUCGAACAAAUAAAAUUCUGUCGAUCAGAAUAAUAAUGUUGUCCAUAAUUGUUUCGUUUGGAAUUUCAGCUUGGAAAUUAGUUGGAAUUCUAACUGGUCUUAUCUGGCAGCUAGGACAUCUUGUAGUGGAAAUUGGAUCGUGUUGUUUUAAUUUUGGUAACUUUUUUUGUUGUUAAAUGUUAUAUAACGGUGAAACGUCAUAUGCUCCAUCUGAUGGGUAGGAUUGAAAUUGAAUUUAUCAUUUUUUCAACGUGUUUUUUUACAUUUAUCUUGAUUUAUUAAAUUUUUUUUUGCUAUAGUCUUCAACAAAAAUUAUGUCAGAAAUAGAAUUUAUAGUUCGUGAUGCUCGAUCAUCAGAUUGUCAUUCGAUCCAUUCGUUAAUAUGUGAGUUGGCUGAAUAUGAAAAAAUGCCCGAUCAAGUAGAAAUAACGGCCGAACGUUUAAAAGAGGAUGGAUUCGGUCCUGAUCAUCAACCUCGUUUUCAUUGUUUUGUUGUGGAAAAUAUUGCCGAAAAAACUAUAGUUGGCUUUUUACUUUAUGUUCAAAAAUAUUCAACUUGGAAAGGGCCAUUCUUAUGGAUGGAAGAUCUCUACAUUCAACCAAAAUAUCGUCGUUUUGGUCUUGGACGAUCAUUAGUUUGUACAUUGAUACGUCGAGCACAUCAACUGCAGAUGCCAAGAAUCGAAUGGAAUGUACUUGGCUGGAAUCAUUUAGCUAGAGAAUUUUAUCACAAUAAACUUGGAGCAAUCGAUCUUACUCAUGAUGAUGAUUGGCUUACAUAUCGUUUGACUAGGAAUCGUUUCGAAAAUCUUUUACAACUAAAUCCUUCGAAUGUACGAAUCGAUGAAAAAUAAAAUUUUGAAAAAUAAAUUUAAUAGCUUGUUUUUUAGAUAA